GGAGGACUUGUGGCACCUUAGAGACUAACCAAUUUAUUUGAGCAUAAGCUUUCGUGAGCUACAGCUCACUUCAUGGGAUGCUAACAGGCAGCAUUUCUCUCUGCCACCUCCCAUUUUCCAAAGGGAGACUUCUGGGCAUUUCUGGCGUAGGUCAUGUUAAUAAAGCUGCACCCACAGCACUGAUUGGGUUGCUGCUGUAUAGUGCUCUCCUGCGACGCAGCUUUGAGGUGCACACCUAGAGCAUGCAGUGCUAUGCAGGGCUUUGAUAAUGGGGAUUUGGAGACUUCUGCCUCCAUAAAGGUAAAAAUCUAGCCCAUGUCAAUAGUAAUCAAAAGUCACCAUGAUCUGUGGGCUGUUUGGUGACCUGUGUGAAAUGAGUUUGUUGCUCUUGAUCUAUCUCCUAGUAUAUAAGUGUCCACAUCACACUCGGUCCUGUUGUUGGCAUCCUUAGCAGAGAGAUCAGGGCUACAGGUUGCAGCAGUUUGCAUCUUCAGUGACUCUUUUGGGGAGAAGUUUUUGGGUGCUGAGAGACAUUCAGGCUGCAGCUCCCUGGAAUUGCCAACCAUGGGUUGAAUAGCUUUGCCUACUGCCAAGCCAGACAACUGGGUGGUGUUGUUUUCUUCUCUUCUAGGUUCUGGCAAGAUGGAUGCAAAGAAUUUGAAUUCUGGUCCCAUCUCUGUACUUAUUACUGAGUCACAGUUUGCCCAGCGGUUCAGGGGGUAUUUGGAGAGAGCGGGAAUUCUGGAUGUCUGCCAUCGUGUGCAAAAGCUCCUGGAUGGCACAGUGGCAUUGCCUGUGCUGGGAGAGAAACUCACUGAGCAGCACCUGCAGGAGCUGCGGGAGAGCCUGCCCCCUAAGACGACAUGCACACUGACGUGCAUCCAGAACCCCCUUCCCUCGAAGGCAGCACGAGUACAGUCGCCUGCCCGGAAGCUGUGCAGGGAACUGCAGCGUUUAGUGUCAGACUCUGGGGGCAGGUGGUCAGAUGAGUUGGAGGACGAUCUCCCUCGUUCCUGGCAGCGGCAUGGAGACCUCAUCCUCCUGAGCGAGGACAGCUUCAGGGCUGCGUUGUGGAAGGAACUAGGUAAGAGGAACCUGUGGCUCUGUCUUCCAAGAUGCACUGAACCAGCCUCCUCUAAUCCACCUGCUUGGGGCUCUCUUCCAGGACUGGAGCUCUGGGAAACAGUUGCUUCUGCUCUGGGUGCCCGACGCAUAGCCAAACAAGGGCGAAUAUCACCGGAUGGGAUACGAUCCCCGACAGUGACCCUGUUGCUGGGGCAGGAUGGCUGGGUGGAGCAUGUGGACAAUGGAAUCAGAUACACGUUUGAUGUGACCAGGUGCAUGUACUCUCCUGGAAACAUCACAGAGAAGUUGCGGGUGGCGUCGCUGCCAUGUGCCGGGGAAGUGCUAGUGGAUCUCUAUGCAGGGAUUGGCUAUUUCACAUUGCCGUACCUGGUUCACGCCGGUGCUGCCUUUGUCCAUGCCUGUGAGUGGAAUCCCCAUGCUGUGGAGGCCCUGAGAAAGAACCUGGAGCUGAAUGACGUGCAGGAUCGGUGUCAGAUCCACCAAGGGGAUAACAGGCAGCUAGAGCUGCAGGACGUGGCCAACAGGGUGAAUCUGGGGCUGCUCCCCAGCUCAGAGGAGAGCUGGCCUAUCGCCUGCCAGCUUUUGCGGAAGGGCACAGGGGGCAUUCUCCACAUCCACCAGAACGUGGAGUCCUUCCCAGCGAAGGCUCAUUUGCACAGUGGCCACUUGGAGGAGCAGCAGCUGCAGCAAUGUCCAGAGCAAGCUGUAUCCAACAGGCAGGAGGACAGAAUGGGUCAAAGGAACUGCAGGAGCCCAAAGGAUGCUGACAUCAUGGAUUCUGGGAGGGAGACCCAGGCAGCUGCGAUCAGGGCCGAGUGGCAGAGGUGGGCAGAGACCACGGGAGCGCGGAUCAGGGUUCUGCUUCAGCAGCUGCGUGGGAAGCCUUGGAGGACAAACAUUCUGCACAUUGAGCCAGUGAAAUCCUACGCACCCCAUGUGUAUCACAUAGUCCUGGAUCUGGAGUGCCGCCCCCUCUCUUAGUUCACAGGGAGAGUGGAGUGCAUCCUUGAGAUUCCCCAGGAAUGUCGCCCUCUUUGGUAGCAAACACUCACGGGGAGCUCAGGGCCCAAGCCUGAGAAGUGCACAAAGCCUACAGAGAGUUGAGUGCUCCCAGCUGGCACCCUGUGAACUGGUUCAGUCUGACACUGGUCUUUGCCUUCUGCUCUCCUGGAACCCAUCUUCUCUCCAGACUGGCAUGUAACAACUUGACCUGACCAUGAUGGUGCUCCCUGCAGCUGGUGCAUUCCCUACUCCUUGUGAUCUUCACUCUAUUUCCAUUUCCUGUAACUAGGUAAAACAUUUGUUGUAAGUUUUAUCUGCAUGGGUCAUGUCUCGCUGUUUUUCCCAGCGGGAUGGCAGAGUUCUCCAGCACUCAGCUCCAAACUCUGUUCUCACUACUGAUGCCAGCAAGAGACCUGGGCAUAUAAACUUAGCAGAAUGUCUGAGUUCAGAUUCACCAGUUGAGCCAGAGAGCAUCUCAGUCCUGCACAGAGACUGCCACUGGUGCCAGGCUGUGGGAAAAUUGUGGCUCUGUGAUCACUAGGGCCUAGGCUGAGCCUUUGUGAUCUAAUCAGAAAACGCUGAGUGCUUUGCUUGUGGUAUUCAUUUGUUGUGGACAUGUGAAGAGCUCCAGGACAUAGUGCAGUCCCUGUGAGCUGACCUUGCUCCCUCUACUGCUGUCCUGGUCUAUUCCUAAUUACCGCACUACAAUCCUGAUCUUGCAGUGAGCCCCUGUACAGGCAGGGCUGUACAGGCUGAUGUAAGUGGGGCUCUGUGUGGAGCCAUUUAUGGGAUCGGGCCCUAUGUACUUUAUCACAACAGAUAUGAACUUUCCCGUUUCUUAGCAUCUAAGGGGGCUUGUUCAUGCUUUUGUUCCAAGCCUGGAUCUGAAGUUGCUAUGAUGUUUGCCCACACGUUUCAGGAAGCCCAGGCAAGCAGAUCCUCUGCUGCUACUUGGGAUUUUUGGCCUGUCUCUGUUUAAAAUAGUGAGAAAUGAAUGAAUGUAGUGCUCCUGAAAGGUGCCAAACUGAGAUCCCUGGAGACCAGAGCCUCUCCCCACAGAACAGGUACAGAGUCAGUGCAAGAUUUCCCCACCCAGCAAUUCUGCCUCACUCCUGCUCUGGAUAGAACAUAGGAACUGCCAAACUGGGUCACGCCAGAGGUGUAUUGUAGUCUCCCAUCUCUAACAGUAACCAGUACAAGCUGCUUCGGAGGAGGGUGCAAGAAACCCUGCAGAAAGCAGUUAUGAAAUAUCCUGCCCACAAUAAUAAUUUCUUCCUAAUCCCUGUUUGUUAGAGGCUGGUUUGUGCCCUGAAGCAGGAGGUCUUAAAUCCCUUCCAAACCUCUGCAUUAUUUGUAACCCUCACCAUUCUAACUUGUGAUGCCAAUCCUUGCUGAGGUCAGUGAGAUCUUGUGGCGGUGAGUUCCACAGAUGAAUUGUGUACUGUGUGGAAAAAGUAUUUCCUUUUAUCAAUUUUUAAUUCACCACCUUUUGCUUUCAUUUUGUGUCCCCUUGUUCUUCUACAGUGAGAGAGGGUGAAGAAAAGCUCCUGAACUGCCUUCUCAAUACCAUUCAUUGCCACCUCCUCUCCAGUGA